GUGAGUCCCACUUGAUAUAGGUAUAAGUCAAUUGCCAUCCCUAGCAAAGAUAGAGUCGGUUUGUGGAAAAGCAACGUAACAGCAAAGGAGAAAACAAAGAACAAAUAUAAUCCCAUCUCUCUUUCGUUUCGUUCCAUUCCGUUCCCUUUACUCACUAUACUCCACAAAUUUUCUCUCUUUUCAAAAUCCCUUAUAUAUAUAAUCACUCAAUUCUACUUUUUAUUCUCUUCGUCUUCAACCUCCAUCCAUGGCUUCUGGAUCAUCCGGUCGCGGCGGUAAUCCCGGUUCCAAAGGCUUCGAUUUUGCAUCCGAUGACAUCCUUUGCUCCUACGACGACUUUUCCAACAGGGAUUCCAAUUCCAAUGGCAAUCACACCGAUUCAACCAAGGAUUUUCAAAAAUCAAGGGUAGCAAGGACAUCAGUUUUUCCUGCUACUGGCUAUAAUCCACCUGAAGAUUCUUUAAGCCAAGAUGUGAUUGCAACUGUUGAUAAGAGUAUGAAGAAAUAUACUGAUAACCUAAUGCGAUUUCUUGAGGGAAUUAGUUCAAGGCUAUCACAGUUGGAAUUAUAUUGCUAUAAUCUUGACAAAUCUAUUGGAGAAAUUAGAUCUGAUAUAAAUCGUGAUCACGGGGAGCAGGAUUCAAAGCUCAAAUCUCUUGAAAAGCAUGUUCAGGAAGUUCACAGGUCAGUACAAAUUUUAAGAGACAAGCAAGAGUUAGCUGAGACUCAGAAAGAAUUAGCCAAGCUGCAACUUGCUCAGAAAGAAUCAUCUUCCUCAAGCCAUUCACAGUCCAAUGAGGACAGAUCUACACCUUCUACCACAGAUCCUAAAAAAACUGAUAAUGCAUCUGAUGCGAACAACCAUCAGUUAGCUCUCGCCCUGCCUCAUCAAAUUGCUCCUCAGCUGCCACCUGCAGGACCCCCACCCCAAGCUCAACCACCAAAUGUGAAUCAACCCACUCAACAACCCGCUUAUUACAUGCAGGCUGCACCUACACCGUCUCAGCUACCCCAGAAUCAGUAUAUGCCUUCUGAUCAACAAUACCGAACCCCCCAACUACAACAAGACAUGUCCCGGGUGGCUCAACAAUCAACACCAUCUCAAAUAAACCCUCCCACAUCUGUGCAACAAUUUUCUCAGUACCAGCAGCAGCAGCAGCAGCCAUGGCCUCAGCAGGUGCAACAAUCCUCAAUGCAACCUCAAAUGAGACCCCUCUCACCUGCUGUUUAUCCUCCAUACCAACCAAACCAAACAUCAAAUCCAUCACCCACAGAAACACUGCCAAACAGCAUGCCCAUGCAAAUGCCAUAUUCAGGGGUUCCGCAACCAGGAUCCAGCCGUACUGAUUCCAUGCAAUAUGGAUAUGGUGGAACUGGUAGAGCAGUUCCACAGCAACCUCCACCCCAGCAAAUCAAGGGCUCAUUCUCUUCACAACCCAGUGAUGCAUAUGGAGCUAGCGGGACCCACACUCCUCCUGGGAAUGCAUACAUGAUGUAUGAUGGCGGUGAGGGAGGAAGGACACAGCAUCCACCACCUCAACCCUCUCAUUUUGCUCAAUCUGGAUAUCCUCCAACAGGUGCUUCCCUUCAGAACCCCAAUCUCAUGGUCCGAAAUCCUAGCCAGUCACAGUUUGCACGCAACCAUCCUUACAAUGAGUUGAUUGAGAAAUUGGUGAGCAUGGGAUUCAGGGGUGACCACGUGGUGAGCGUGAUCCAAAGGAUGGAGGAGAGUGGACAGACCGUAGAUUUCAACUCUAUUCUUGACAGGUUGAAUGGUCCCCAGAGAGGGUGGUCAGGGUGAACUACAACUUAACCUGCUGUCUUGGAAUGUCCUUUACUGUCUAAAAAACUCGAUCAUUGCGUAUUUUAUUAUGCAUGGAAUAAAAGUUUAUGUAGUGUCUACAGCUUAUCAUCGUGUGUAAAAAUGUCUUGAGUUGUGACUUGUGAGGAUUGUCUACUAUUUUUACUGAUUAUAUCCUUCACUUUUUUUUUUCUUCUA